AUGAUCUAUAUCUACAGCAGUGAUCAUUAUAAGUUGCUCUCAGACAGCAGCAGAGGAGCUGGAGGAAACUACACUGUCAGUUCUGCUGCUCUAAAACACACAGGAGUUUAUGUGUGCAGAGCAGAGAGAGGAAAACCAGCCUAUAACACAACCUACAGCAACACACAACCACUAUGGGUCACUGGUGUUUCUCCUCCAGUGUCUCUGAUCAUCAGUCCCAGCAGAACUCAACACUUCACAUCUGUCUCUCUGUCUCUGAGCUGUGAGGACCAGAGUAACUCUGAUAGAUGGACAGUGAGAAGAUACACAGACACUGAACGGCUGGAAGAUUGUUCAUCAUCAGUGUGGGGAUCACAAACAGGAUCUACAUGUACAAUCAGCUCCACCGACACAUCAGACACUGGAGUGUACUGGUGUCAGUCUGAAUCUGGAGAGAACAGUCAUCCUGUUAAUAUCACUGUACACUCAGUCUUAGGAUCUGAUGGUCUCAAUCCCAUGGUAAUUGGAGUGACUGCAGGACUGACUGCAACAUUUUUGAUCAUUGUCUUCUUGGUCCUGCUGUGGCGCUACAGAAACAACAAAGAUGUAAAAUCUCAGUCUCCCUCUAGUGUCAGUCAACAGCAGAACAGCAGUCAGACAUCAGAGCAGAACCAGAGUGACACAGGAAACAACACACUGCUGUCUGGAACUGCUCAUAUUUAUGACACUGUUGAUGCAACGUAUAGUAAAGACAUAAGCACAGACAGUGCAAAUGGACCUGCUGAAGUCACCUAUGCUGAGAUUGAACUCAAAUCUUCAGAGAAACAGAAGAAGAAAGGAGAAAACAAAGGGAAAACCAGUGAAAGUUCUGACACUGUUUACUCUAAACUGAAUCUGGUGACACAUCAAGAUGCUGGAUCUAAUGAUGUGACGUAUGCUCAGGUUUAAAAAUAAAAACGAACGAGAAACGUUAAAAUGACAUGAUAAUGCUGAUGAGUUUACUGUAUGUUGAGAAGGGAAUGAGCAGGAUCAUCAAUGCUUUAACAUCUUUAUGAUAUUGAACACUUGAUGGUAAUAGAUUUAUCAGUACUUAUUAAUAGUGACGCAAACCUUCAUGUGUUUCAGUGAGGUAUGUUGAUCUUUGAAAACCAAUGAGCUGAUUAUACAUUGUAAAAAAACAAAAAAAGGUAGAUUAUUUUUUAGUGCUGCACAGUGUUUAUUCUUAUUGGUUGGUGCUUCGUUACACCAAUUUUUCCUGAAUGUUGAUUAAGUGAUCAAGUUAACAUUAAACACUGUGCAGCACUAAAAGAUAAUGUACCUUUUUUUGUUGCACUUUUAAAAUUGUGACUUCCAGGUCUGGAAGAGUUUUCUUUAAAGUAAAUGUAUAUAACGGAUAUAUUUUUUGUAGCUAUGCUCAACUGUAAAAUGUUUAAUUGUCUAGAAAUAGCUCUUUGUUUGAGCAGUCUUCUGAUUUUAAAAAUCCUUAUUCAGCAAACACAACCCAUUAAAAAAUAAUGGAAAAGCCAUUUCAGAAUACAAUUAUAAGCUUUAAUUUUGUAAUUUUACUGUAGUUUGAAAUAUAUUUAUAUUUUUAUCUUCAAUGAGAAAUAGUAAUAAAUAUUCAUAAUUAUGUGUGUCAUUUCAGAUAGGGUGCAGCAUAGGCAUGAUCAGUUUGGUCAUCAGAGAAACAGUGCUAUACACACAUUAGUUUUUACCAUUGAACAAGAUAAAACAGGAAAUUUUAAACAUUUCAAAAAACAAAUUUCUUCAUAGAAAUUACUUCCAUAUUUGUAUAAUGUCUUGAGAGUAUUAACCAAUCAAUGAGAAGUUUAGCAUGCAAAUGAGUUUAGAUUUAGAUUGUUCUGUAUUCUUAAAGGUUACAUCAGGUUACAAAGCCUUUUAACUGUUGUGAAAUUUUCAGUUUAUCCUGUGUUUAUGUGUAUGAAUACCCCUAUGUGAGUGUGAUCUUUAGAUUUUAAACACUGCUUAUUCAGUAACAACAAACAACUUAUGGAAAGCCAAAAGUAUUUGACUUCUGUUGUAGUUUGCUUGUUGUUCUUAGUUAGAAAUGAGAAUAAUUGUUCACAAUUAUAAUUACGAACUGUUGUUUUGCUGUAAUAUACUUCUUGUUUAUACAUUAUGCAAUAAAAUAAGAUCUAAUUGCUACAAAGCUAGUAUGUAGCUAGUGUGUGGGAGUGAUUUGGUCAUCAUAAAUGUGAUGCUACAUGACAUUCAUGUUUAUGGCUGAGCAAAUAUGUAUAAAUAUCUAUGAACAGAUUGAACAGAGCUGAUUUUUAUAAAAGUCGUCAAUGUCUCUAAUAUUGUUUCUAAGAGUAGCCUAUAACUUGUCAAUAUUAAAGAGAAGUGCAAAAAUGUAAAAUAAAUAAAGAAGAUUGAGAAUUUAAUUGCUUGGGGGAUAAAAGACAGUUUGGACCAGUUUUUCAUGCAUCGGGGAACACAAUAUCAUUGGCCAAAUGGCAACAAUUUAAGAGCGUAAGAUAAAGGAUGCCUCUUAUCAUUCACUAUAAUGUUCACUUUACUCAGCUCUUUAUCUUUUGUAUCUCUUAUGUAGCCUCUGUU